AUGACGACAUUAAGAGAACUGAGUAUGAAACAUAAAGGAAUUAUGAAAAAAAAUAUUAGGCCGAGAUGUACUAUUACAGAUCCUUAUGAAAAAUUUUGGCCACUUUUAGAUUUAGAAAAAUCUCAAUUACUGGUCGAUGAGAUGGAAAAAACUAUAUCUAAAGAAAAUGGUAAAUUAAAAGUAAAUUGGUUUACUGUAAAGAAAUUACCAUUGGAUAUACGAAAAUGUGAAAUUAAGAAUCUUUCCAAUACACAUAAGAAUAAUAUAAGUCUUAAUUUAAAAGCACAAAGAUCAGUUUUGAAAAUGGGUAUCAAUGAAGUUAGUAGAUGUGUUGAAAAAGAUCAAAUAGCUUGUUGUUUGAUAGCAGAAGAUGUAGCAAACUGUAUGAUUGCGAAGCAUUUGCUUUUUAUGACUGCUGCAAAAAAAAUACCAGUCCUAAUUCUCCCAGAUAUGCAGUGUAUUACAAAACGUAUUAUAGGUUUUUCUUCUGCAGUGUUAGGAUUGAAGAGUGAUGUAAUAAAUAGAACAGAAAUUUCCUUGCAUAAUCUCUAUCAAACUAUUAUUAAAUUGUCAAAUGAAUUUAGAAAUCCAUACAUUAAACAAAUUGGUAUGAGAGAAUUGAAAUCUAUAGAAAUCCCCUCAAGAGUAAAUGUUAAUAUUGACAAUUAUUUACUUAAAAAGCCACGUGAAGGUAGGGCUUUUGUACCAGAAGAAACAUCAAAUAUACAGUCAUUAAUUGACUUAUCAUUUAUACCAAUUGAAAAAAUGGUAGUUGAAAAACAACAACAUUUUGAACUUGAAGAAAAACUAUUUGAAAUACCAAUAACUACUGAUUUAUUUAGUAUAGAUACUAAACCAACAAGCAUUGAGGAUAUAGGUGAAUCUGUGGAACGCAAAACCAAAGAAUUUAGAAAGCCUUUAGUGAGAUAUCAUGGAUUAAAAAUUAAAAAAAUUAAACCCAAUCCCAAAAGAAAGCCCAAAGAGAAAGAAAAUAGUUAA